AUUGUUUGUAGUGUGUUUGAGCGAGGGCUGGAAGAGAGGCGGGGGGUUCAAAUGGACACCAACCACAGCAAAUCACCAAUUCAAGAACCGUCGAAGCCCUUAGAAAUUAAACUCCAAAAUCCCAACUCUUCUUCCGAACCCACCGCUACUCAAUCCGUCGCUCCGGCAACCGCCGCUCCAGUAACCGGCGCUCCGGCAGCCGUCAACAAUUCCAAGGACAUUCCUACCACAGCCGCCAAAGCAGCGCCGCCACCUUCCACAUCCGACGCCGUCGAUACUGUCUUUAUUCCCUCCUAUUCCAGGUGGUUUUCGUGGAAUGGAAUUCACGAUUGUGAGACUCGAUUUCUCCCUGAGUUUUUCGAUGGGAAAUCACCUUCGAAGAACCCUAGGGUUUACAAGUACUAUAGGAACUCAAUUAUCACUAGGUACAGAGAGAAUUCGACGGCUAAGAUUAGUUUCACAGAGGCUAGGAAAUCGAUUAUUGGAGAUGUAGGAUCUGUCCGUAGAGUGUUUGAUUUCUUAGAAGCUUGGGGUUUGAUCAACUAUAAUGGCUCAACAUCGAAAAUUCCCUUAAAAUGGGAUGAAAAGGAGACUAAAUCAUCCACAGCUUCUAAUUCCUCUAACCAUGUCAAUGAACAAGCUGCUAAUCCUGAUUUCAUCGCCACAAAGAAGAGACUGUGCAGUGGAUGCAAGUCUGUUUGCAGCAUUGCCUGCUUUGUCAGCGACAAGUUUGGUUUGACUUUAUGUGCGAGGUGUUACGUGCGCGGAAAUUAUCGGGUUGGUGUGUCUUCUUCGGAUUUUAAAAGGGUUGAAAUCAACGAAGAGAUAAAGGCUGAUUGGACCGAUAAGGAAACUCUGCAUCUUCUAGAAGCUGCUAUGCAUUAUGGCGACGAUUGGAAGAAGAUUUCUGAGCAUGUUGGUGGAGGUAGAAGCGAGAGGGAAUGUGUCAAUCGCUUUAUCAAGCUUCCUUUUGGAGAGCAAUUUGUCGCGGGUCAUCCUGAUUCUGUCGAUGACGAUGCUGAUGUCAUUGAGGACGAGAGUCCUGCGAAAAGGAUGCGAUUCAACCCACUGGCUGAUGCAAGCAACCCGAUUAUGGCUCAGGCUGCUUUUUUAUCAGCAAUUGUUGGUGUAAAUGUGGCUGAAACAACUGCUCAGUCUGCCAUUGCAGCUUUGUCUAAAGAAGUUAAUGAGAAAGGUUGUUUAAAAGCAAUGGCGUGUAUUGAGAGGGAUGAACGAGAUAUGGAGAGAGCAAUCAGUCACAUUACGAAUGUACAGAUGAAGGAGAUUCAAGAGAAGAUAUUGAAAUUCGAGGAAGUUGAUUUGCAAAUGGAGAAAGAGUGGCAACAGUUGCAUCAAAUGAAAAACCUUCUUUUUGCUGAUCAGCUCACACUUAUUUUUAAUAAACCAGCCACAACAACAACAACUAAGAUUGCUACGACGAAUAAUGAUGUUGUUACUGUCACUGCUGCUGCUGCAAACAAUGGAGGAGGAGAAAGCAGCAGCAGCACAAAGGAGGAGGAAGAGGAGGAGAUCAAUGCUGCUUAAGAAUGGUUUGUUUGGUGAUAUCAGAACAAAUGUUAAUUAUAUAACUUUAUGUUAGUUGUAACUUGGAAUGCAAUUUCUGAACCACCAUAUGUAUUACUUAAAGACUCAGAAGAAUGUCUUAAAUCAUUUUUUAUAUAUAACAACAAGAAUGGAGAGUUGAGAUAG